AAAGGAACAGAUCAGUGUUUUCAAUGUAUUGCACCAUUCUUGGACAAAGACAAGAAAUAAGCACUGAUACAUGUGUAGAUGUGUAGAUUAUUGUGGCUUAUUUAGAUGUUUUACCAUAACUUCUGUUCUUAUAGAGGCACCUAAACCUCGUCUGACUGUUCAGACUGAAACAUCACAGAUAUUCAGAGGAAAGACUGUCACUCUCACAUGUGACAUACAGGGGGAAGGUUGGAGAUACACAUGGCAGUGUGGAGAUGAACAGCACAACUCUGAUGAGGAAGAGUUCAAGAUCACUGUACAGUUCAAACAGUCAUGCAAGUGUAAAGGCUGCAGAGAAUCAUUCUGCUCUGAAUGGAGUGAUGCUGAGACUCUGAAUGUUUCAGUGAUAGAUGAUGACUCAGGGUUGUAUCAUGAAAUAUUUACAGACAAGCCCAGUGUAACUGUAAAGCCCCAGAGUUCAGUGUUCACUGGAGACACAGUUACUCUGAUCUGUGAUGUGAGACGGUCAACUGAACGGACAAUUUACUGGUACAAAAACUUUAAGAGAAUAAAAGCUGGCUCUGAAACAGAAACACUGAGAAAAGUGAGAGUCUCUGAUGGAGGAAGAUAUGCGUGUUCUGUGGAAAGAGAGACCACACAAAGUCAAGGAGUCAUGCUAACAGUAGAAGAGAGACCCAAGCCUGUAGUGCGUGUCCAGCCUGAUGGACGUGUGUUCAGAGGACAGACAGUCACUCUCACAUGUGACAUACAGGACACAGACGUCACCAACUGGAGCUACAGCUGGAAUAAAGAUGAUUCAGAGAUUCAUGUCAGUCAAUCUCAGGAAUACCGAAUCAGUUCUGUUAGUGAAUCUCACACAGGUAAUUACAGCUGUACUGGAAGAGAAACAGGAGGAUCACGGUAUUCACACACCAGUGAGAAAGUUACACUGACCGUAUCAGAGGCACCUAAACCUCGUCUGACUGUUCAGACUGAAACAUCACAGAUAUUCAGAGGAGAGACUGUCACUCUCACAUGUGAUAUACAGGGGGAAGAUUGGACAUACACAUGGCAGUGUGGAGAUAAACAGCAAAACUCUGAUGAUGAAGAGUUCAAGAUCACUGUACAGUUCAAACAGUCAUGCAAGUGUAAAGGCUGCAGAGAAUCAUUCUGCUCUGAAUGGAGUGAUGCUGAGACUCUGACUGAUUCGUGUGGGUGA